AUGCAGCGAAGCUUCACCAUCCUCUACACCAGUUUACUGGGGAUGUGCUUGGGUUCAAGCUCAAGUUUUCCAAGUAACAUCAAUAUAGGAGGAUUGUUCCCAACCGAAUCGCACGAAUAUGAGGUUUUUCGAUUCGCCCUGUCGCACCACCAGGACAUCCCUAAACUGGUGCCGCAGGUGGAUAUGGUCAAGAUGGGGAAUAGCUUCUCCAUGACAUAUGCCUUUUGCUCCCAGUUCUCCAAAGGUGUGUACGCCAUCAUCGGUCUGUAUGACAGGAAGACAGUCAACAUGCUCAUGUCCUUCUGUGGAGCGCUGCACGUCUGCUUCGUCACGCCGUCCUUCCCCAUCGAGACGGCAAACCAGUUUGUCAUCCAGCUGAGGCCUGAGCUGCAGGACGCUCUGGUGGGAGUGAUCGACCACUACGGAUGGACCAAGUUUGUCUACAUGUACAGUUCUGAUUCAGGCCUGUCAGUGCUGCAGAAGGUCCUGGACACAGCAGCAGAGAGGAACUGGCUGGUUACCUCGGUUAAUGUGGAGACCAUGACAGAGGCCUCUUUCUUGAAAGUGUUCCAGGAUUUGGACAAGAGGAAGGAGGGCCAGAUUAUCAUCGACUGUGAGACUGAGAGGCUCACUGGCAUCCUCAAAAAGAUUGUUGAACAAGGCAAGAAUGCAAAGAGCUAUCACUACAUCCUGGCUAACCUGGGUUUCCUGGACAUCGACCUGACAGACUUGAGGAAAGGUGGGGCGAACAUCACCGGCUUCCAGCUCGUCAACAACUCGGAGCCCGGCGUCAGCCGCGUCGUCCAGCAGUGGAUGGAGUUUGACAACAAGGACUCCAAAGUGCCCAAGAGUGGACUCAAAUACACAGGCGCUUUAACAUAUGACGGGGUGAAAGUCAUGUCCACGGCCUUCCAGAAUCUAAGGAGACAGAGGAUAGACAUUUCUCGCAGGGGCAACGCCGGAGAGUGUCUUGCCAACCCACCAGCUCCCUGGGGACAGGGCAUAGAUAUCCAGAGAGCCUUGCAGCAGGUCCGUAUAGAUGGAUUGACUGGUCACAUUCAGUUCAACGAGAAAGGCCGCAGAACCAACUACACCGUGAGCGUCAUGGAACUGGCCCCAUCUGGACCUAAGAAGGUCGGCUACUGGAACGAAGAUGAGAAGUAUGUGACCACCGCCAGCUUCAUGAGAGGCAGCAACGAGACUUACGGCCUGCAGAACAGAACGUACAUAGUCACCACUAUCUUGGAGUCUCCGUAUGUGAUGCUGAAGAAGAACCAUGAGCAGCUCGUGGGAAACGAUAAGUACGAGGGCUACAUCGUCGAGUUGGCUGCAGAGAUAGCCAAACAUGUGGGCUACCAGUACAAACUGAAGAUUGUUUCAGAUGGCAAGUAUGGAGCCAGGGAUCCUGAAACCAAGAUGUGGAACGGCAUGGUGGGCGAACUGGUGUAUGGGAAAGCAGAUGUGGCUGUGGCUCCUCUGACCAUCACCCUGGUCCGUGAAGAAGUCAUCGACUUCUCCAAGCCCUUCAUGUCCCUUGGUAUCUCCAUCAUGAUUAAGAAACCCACCAAAUCCAAACCUGGUGUGUUUUCAUUCCUGGACCCACUGGCUUACGAGAUCUGGAUGUGCAUAGUGUUUGCCUACAUUGGCGUCAGCGUCGUCCUCUUCCUUGUCAGUCGGUUCAGCCCGUACGAGUGGCACGCUGAGGACUACGAGGAGGGAGGUGAGCCACAGACUCCCACCCAGGCUGCAGCCUCUAACGGAAUGCAGCAGGGCCAGACACCAACUCAGCAGAACACCAACCCACAGAGUCCUGAGCAAACCAAUGAGUUCGGCAUCUUCAACUCCCUUUGGUUUUCACUGGGCGCCUUCAUGCAGCAGGGAUGCGAUAUCUCACCACGCUCUCUGUCUGGCCGUAUUGUUGGAGGCGUGUGGUGGUUCUUCACCCUUAUCAUCAUCUCCUCCUAUACUGCCAACUUGGCUGCCUUCCUGACAGUGGAGAGGAUGGUGUCUCCUAUAGAGAGUGCUGAGGAUUUGGCCAAGCAGACUGAAAUCGCCUAUGGAACGCUGGAUGCCGGUUCCACCAAAGAGUUCUUCAGGAGGUCUAAGAUCGCUGUGUUCGAGAAGAUGUGGUCCUACAUGAAGGCGGCUGACCCAUCUGUGUUUGUCAAGACCACGGACGAGGGUGUAAUGAGAGUCAGGAAGUCCAAGGGCAAGUAUGCCUACCUGCUGGAGUCCACUAUGAACGAGUACAUAGAGCAGAGGAAACCCUGCGACACCAUGAAGGUGGGAGGGAACCUGGACUCUAAAGGUUAUGGCAUCGCCACACCCAAGGGCUCCCCUCUCAGAAACCCAGUAAACCUGGCAGUGUUAAAACUGAACGAGCAGGGCCUCUUGGACAAAUUGAAAAACAAGUGGUGGUACGACAAGGGAGAGUGCGGCAGCGGGGGCGGGGACUCCAAGGACAAGACGAGCGCUCUGAGCCUCAGCAAUGUGGCAGGAGUCUUCUACAUCCUGAUCGGUGGCCUGGGCCUGGCCAUGCUGGUGGCGCUGGUGGAGUUCUGCUACAAGUCCAGGACCGAGUCGCGCCGAAUGAAGCAAUCCAUCAACGACGCCAUGCGCUGCUCCACCCUGACCAGGAUGAGUGGCAACGGGAGCGGCGGAGAGAAUGGACGAAUCCUCACACAUGACUUCCCCAAGACCGUUCAGACGCUGCCCUGUAUGAGCCACACCGCCAGCAUGGGACUGGGUGCCUCCGGCAUGUGAUCAUCACAUGACUGUGCUGGUGGCGAGGAAUAGGCAGGGUGGGGCAAAAGCAGAGCACAAGACUCUUAAGGACCUCAAAAAUCAUGGCUGUCCAGUUUGACCCAUCUGUUCUCCUGGCUGUCAACGCGCCCAACUCUUUUAAGACUUUACUUACUGCCAAAAUGCACUCUC